AUCGGCGACCGGCGGCCGCCAUGAGCCUUCGCUGGGCUGCGUGCUGGGUGGUCCUGAGCCCGCUGCUGUGCGGCUGCGCGCCGGCCCCCCGGGGCGGGAUGCUGUACCCGCGGGAGAGCGCGUCCCGGGAGCUCAAGUCCCUGGACGGGCUGUGGAGCUUCCGCGCCGAUCUGUCGGUCGGCCGGCACCAGGGCUUCGAGCAGCAGUGGUACCGCCGGCCGCUGCGCGAGUCGGGCCCUACUUUGGACAUGCCAGUUCCCUCCAGCUUUAAUGACAUGACCCAAGACGAGCAACUGCGUAGCUUCAUCGGCUGGGUGUGGUAUGAACGGGAGGCGGUCCUGCCGCAGCGAUGGACCCAAGAUCCAGGCACAAGAGUGGUUCUCAGAGUCAACAGUGCCCAUUACUAUGCCAUUGUGUGGGUGAAUGGGAUUCAUGUGGCCGAGCACGAGGGCGGCCACCUCCCCUUUGAGGCUGACAUCAGCAAGCUGGUGCAGAGUGGCCCCCUGUCCUCUUUCCGUGUCACCAUCGCCAUCAACAACACCCUCACUCUACAUACCUUGCCACCAGGAGCCAUCACCUACAAGGACGACCCCUCCAGGUACCCCAAGGGUUACUUUGUCCAGGACACAAAGUUUGACUUCUUCAACUAUGCGGGGCUGCAUCGGUCCGUGGUCCUCCACACCACGCCCACCACCUACAUCGACGACAUCACUGUCACCACUGACGUGGACCGAGACAUUGGGCUCGUGAAUUACCAGAUUUUUGUACAGGGCAGUGAACAUUUCCAUCUGGAAGUGUGUCUUUUGGAUGAGGAUGGCAAAGUCGUAGCUAAAGGGACAGGGAACCAGGGCCAGCUGCAAGUACCCAACGCCCAACUCUGGUGGCCGUUUCUGAUGCAUGAACGCCCUGCCUAUCUGUACUCCUUGGAGGUGAGGAUGAAUGCCCAAGGGACAGAUGGGCCUGUGUCUGACUGGUACACUCUCCCGGUCGGGAUCCGCACAGUGUCGGUCACAGACAGCAAGUUCCUCAUUAACGGGAAGCCUUUCUUCUUCAAUGGGGUCAACAAACACGAGGAUGCGGAUAUCCGAGGGAAGGGCUUUGAUUGGCCGCUGGUGAUGAAGGACUUCAACCUGCUCCGCUGGCUUGGCGCCAACUCAUUCCGUACAAGCCACUACCCAUAUGCCGAGGAAGUGUUGCAGCUCUGUGACCGCUAUGGGAUCGUGCUCAUCGAUGAGUCUCCUGGUGUGGGCAUUUCGUUGCCCCAGAGCUUUGACAACCAGUCUCUAGAGCACCACCUACAGGUGAUGGAGGAGAUGGUGCGCAGAGACAAGAACCACCCUGCUGUAGUGAUGUGGUCCGUGGCCAAUGAACCUGCUUCCGCACUGAAACCCGCAGGUUACUACUUCAAGACGCUGAUCGACUACACCAAAGCCUUGGACCCUACCCGGCCUGUGACCUUUGUGACCCACACCAGAUAUGAUGCAGACCUGGGGGCUCCGUAUGUAGAUGUGAUCUGUGUGAACAGCUACCUGUCUUGGUAUAACGACUUUGGGCACUUGGAGGUGAUUCAAAUACAGCUGGAGACCCAGUUUGAGAACUGGUAUAACACUUACCACAAGCCAAUUAUUCAGAGCGAGUAUGGGGCAGAAGCCAUCACAGGUCUUCACCAGGAUCCGCCUCUCAUGUUCAGCGAGGAGUACCAGAAGGCUCUGUUGGAGCAGUACCACUUGGUUCUCGAUCAGAAACGCAAAGAAUAUGUGAUUGGAGAGCUCAUCUGGAAUUUUGCUGACUUUAUGACUAACCAGUCACCAACAAGAGUAAUCGGAAACAAGAAAGGAAUCUUCACCCGGCAGAGACAACCCAAAAGUUCAGCAUUCCUUCUGCGAGAGAGAUACUGGAGACUUGCCAACGAGACCUGGCCCCACAGGUCACGGGAGACGCCUUGGCAUUUGGGAAGCAGGCGGUUUACUUUCUAAAGUCACAACUACCUCAGAGCUGAUGAGGCCUGUGCUCCUCACCCAGCAGCACAGGUGCCCUGAACGGUUCAUGGUGAUCUGCUAGAGGCGACAAUAAAGCUUUUCUGGUUUGAGAA